GUACAGGCGGAAGAGUCAAGGCAUUGGAAGUAUCGGGGCCGACGCUAGUACCUGAGCGACCUGCGAUCUCCACCGCCGCCGCGACGACUCAGCCUCUGGGCGGGAGCUGUCAGCCGAAAAGAAAAUGGCUCAGCCGGGAACUGAUGCCCAAGCCAUGGAGAGGCCUUUCCAGACCGCACGUGUUCACGCUGGAGAACACGACUGGCUCCGAGAGGACCAGAAACAGCCUCAAACUCCUGUGAACUCACAGCACCUCAGCCUGCAGGGGCCCGGGUGGCAGACAGUGCAAGUUUUUGACGUUUCCUAUUGUUGCCGGAAGUGACGUCGGGGAGCGGGCCCUUAAAGAAUAAGGCUUUUACUCUCGUGCUUGCCGAUUCGCCAGAACGUCUUUCUGUCUCGCUUCUCGUUCUGAACGAUUCUGGUCGUCAAAAUUAUGCUAAUUUGAACUAUGACAUUUGCUAGAAGGCGUAUCGUUGAUAGGGUUUUUAUGAGAAUGAAGUCUUCCGAGGAAGCCGCGAGAACGGAGUAUGGAAUCUGCACCUAGGAACCCCAGAGUGUGGCGCCGCCCGUGGCUCGGAACGUUUGGCCACUGUUGGCGGCGCGCUGGAACCCACGGUUCCGAAUACAAACGGUCGGCGCGAGAGGCGCCCCGGGGCGCGGGCGCUGGGGCUCUGGGGCUGAACACCUGGUUCCCGCCACUCUCUCGAGUUACACAUGCUCCCCUCUCCUUUCUGUGUUGGUCUGGUCGCCUCGGGAACCCUUCACUUUGCUUGGCGGCGGCUGGCUGAGCCGGAGCCUGCGGACAGGCUGUGCUCUGGCUUGGGCAGAGGUCGCCUGAAUGCGGUACUCGCCGAGGUCCCUGAGUUGUAGGCGAAUCAACAGAUGAAAAGUUGUAAGAUUAUUUGAGAGUUGGAGCUGAAUCUAAUAUUCAAUAAUGGCAACAGGUGACUUAAAAAGAAGCUUGCGGAAGCUAGAACAAGUGCUUCGUUUGCUGAAUUACCCUAAUGAGGUGGAUUAUGUUGGUUUGAUGAAGGGGGACACAGCAGCAUCUUUGCCUAUCAUCAGCUACUCUCUUACCUCGUACUCCCCUUAUAUAUCAGAACUUCUGAUGGAGUCCAAUAUAGACCUCCUAGCAAAAAACGAUGUGCGCUUCAUAGACACCAUCUAUAAGCUUCUUCGUGAUCAAUUUGAUUAUAAGCCAAUUUUGACAAAAAAGCAAUUUAUACAGUCUGGAUUUGCUGAAUGGAAAAUCCAAAUUGUCUGUGAUAUAUUGAAUUGUGUGAUGAAAAAGCACAAGGAAUUGACUGGCUCUGACAAGACUUCGUCAUGCCAGAGAAAGAAAAGCAUCCCGGAAAGGCCCGAACCUUGUUCGAGCAGUGAGAACACCCCUGGAGAGGCUGUGGGCAUUGACAUCACUGGCAGGUUUAUGACUUCAGGAAAGAAGAAAGCUGUGGUGAUCCGUCAUCUGUACACAGAAGAUAACGUUGACCUUCCCGAACGGACAGUGAGUUCCACAGAAGUGAGUGAAGGGUGUGAUGAGUCAGAAGAGAUGACUUCUCAAGUCAUGACUCAUGAAGAGCAGGCCUCUGAAGUCAAGGCUCAGCUGAAAGAUCUAUGUGACAACCCUGAGCUCACUGCACUUCACAUAGCUCUUGCUGAAUGCCAGGACAAGCUUAAGAGACUGACUUGUGUAGAGAAAAGACUCCAGUAUUUGGAAGCUGCAACAAAAGGGAAGGUGAUGGUCGAUGAGAAGGCCUGGAAUAAUCUCCUAAGUCGCGUCACUCUUCUUGAAACAGAGAUGCUUUUGUCUAAAAAGAAUGAAUGUGUAGAGCUUAAUGCAGCAAGUGAAGACAAUGACUCUGAUAGUGUCGUGGAUGCUAUGUCCAUUGAUAAAAAAUACAGUGUGGGGGCACCAGCCAGAACGUACCGGUCAUCUGGCUAUAGUACACUAUCACCAGAAUCAACGCCCAGAGGCUCCACGGUUAAUUAUUGUGGCUUGAAAGAUUUUUCAGAGGAAACAACACUUCAGAAAAUGGAAAGAAUGAAAAAAAUGUUUGAAGAGACUGCAGAGCUACUGAAAUGCUCGAGGCACUAAUUGUACAGUUUUUUCUGCGUGAGCAUCUCUAGGACUUUGCUACAUAUAAUGCUAUAUUUAAGAAUUCCUUGUACACUUUAAUGUACUGUAAUAUAUUAUUAAGAAUUUGAAUUCUCUUUGGUGUGUGAGUGUUUUUCAUUCCUAAAUAAAUACUUUUUA